AGACAUUACGUAAAGAUACAAGCUCGUCAAUCCUCUCACGCUGUGCCACACAGAUAAGUAGUUACAUUUUAACGACCAUGUCUGGCAGAGGGAAAACCGGAGGCAAAGCCCGAGCAAAGGCCAAGUCCCGCUCCUCCCGGGCUGGACUCCAGUUCCCGGUGGGCCGAGUCCAUAGGCUAUUGCGCAAGGGCAACUAUGCAGAGCGCGUCGGCGCAGGGGCUCCGGUUUAUCUGGCGGCAGUGCUGGAAUAUCUGACCGCUGAGAUCCUGGAGCUGGCAGGCAACGCGGCCAGAGAUAACAAGAAGACCAGGAUCAUCCCCCGGCACCUCCAGCUGGCCGUGCGCAACGACGAGGAGCUCAACAAGCUGCUGGGAGGUGUGACCAUCGCUCAGGGAGGAGUGCUGCCCAACAUCCAGGCCGUCCUCCUUCCCAAGAAAACGGAGAAACCUGCCAAGAGCAAGUAAUAGACUACUCGCAGGCCCACCGCGGAGCCAGCCACUUUUUUUCAUAUCCGUGUUCAUUUUUUUGGCUCAACAACCUUUCAGAUAGAGGACUGUGUUUGAUGUUGGCGUUUCUACAAUUAAAAAUAAAACAUUUUCGCUUUUGUUGGGACUAUUCUGCUCAGUCGCCGCUGUGUGUUGUCGGCUCGGGGACACGGAGGCGUAUCUGAAGGAUGAUGAAGGCAGCGGAGGGAUUUUUAGUUCUUAAUAUGGACCAGUUCUGAAGGGAGGAGAGGUGUUUUUUUUUUGUUUCGCAAGCUGCUACAAAACGUAAAGAGUCGUUGUAUUGUUUUGUCAUGUUGUUUCAAUAAAUGUCCUGUAGCCUUUUGGCCCAGGAACAAUA